AUGGCCCUUCUCUUCGAAACGCCAAAGAAUUUUCGACCUCCCCAGAGUUUCGCUCGGGAGCGACGUCAGGAGCCUCUCCACGGCGGCCUGCUGAAAUGUCUGACGGUGGAGCUGAUCACCACCUAUCAGCAGUGCUGCAAUGACUUUGUGUACAGCGACACCACGGCCCCUCGACGCGUUCUCACGAAGCUGUCCAAAGGUGUGUACAAUGGAAACUAUGACAAUGCCGAGCACGACUACAUUUGCCGAGUCGGCGAUAAGAUCGUGAACCCGGACGGCCAUGCCUACGAAAUCCUUGAGCGGCUGGGGCAUGGCACCUUUGGCCAGGUCUUGAAAAUCCACCAUUCGACUUCCAACAGUCACGUGGCUUUAAAGAUCAUCAAGAACAAACCUGCCUACUUCCAUCAGGCGCUGGUGGAGGUGCGCAUUCUGCAAAUGCUGAAUCAGGAGUUUGACCCUGAUGACGACAAGCGGAUCGUCAGGAUGCUGGAUUUCUUCGUAUACAGAAAGCAUCUGUGCAUUGCAUUUGAACUACUCAGCGUGAACCUCUACGAGGUUCUGAAGCAGAAUUCAUUCCGUGGUGUGUCCAUGGCCUUGAUCCGCGUGCUCACCGAUCAGCUUCUCAAGGCGUUGCGCUGCCUGCGCGAGGCCUCCGUCAUCCACUGUGACCUGAAGCCUGAGAAUGUCCUUCUCAGCAACAUUCAUCAUACGCGCAUCAAACUCAUCGACUUUGGAUCGGCUUGCUUUGAAAGCCAUACGGUCUACCCGUACAUCCAGUCUCGCUUCUACCGAUCACCCGAGGUCUUGCUUGGAGUGCCUUACACCAGUGCCAUUGACAUGUGGAGUCUGGGCUGCAUUUGCGCCGAGCUCUUCCUUGGCCUGCCGGUUUUCCCCGGGCACUCCGAAUACAAUCAGGUUUGCAGAAUUGUGGAGGUGCUUCGCAUGCCUCCCUCGAGCCUUCUUGACGAGGGGCGCAACACCCGGAGAUACUUCCGGAAGGAAUCUGUACCGCCGAAGGUGGAACAGGAGGAUGGAGCAGAAGGUGCUGCCAGCAGCGGAGACCAUUCCCAGGCUCAGGAUCCUCGUGAUGGAGAUGCCUCACAGUCGAGCUCUUUAGGUGCAGCGGGCGAUGAGGAUCCGAAGGAGCCACCGUCGGAGACGCAGAGCCCGGAACAGAAAGCCACGAGUCCCAAGGCUUCUGAGGACUCAUUCUGUGUCGUUUCUGGCGCCGGUGGUGAUGGUGCCAUUUGCAAUGGUGAGUACCGCAAGGUUGGAGAGCACAACGACAAGCCAAUGUACAAGAAAAUCGGCGGCAACGCCAUUAUCUACUUCGACGAGUCGUGGAAGAUCAAUGCCUGCAUCGACACUGGCGGUUGGUACUACUUUGCUCCGGAUUCGGCUUCUGCCACACCUCCUGAAGGCCAGUGGACGACCGAUCCGUCCAUGAAGGAUGCGAACCCACCACCUCUAAUCUCUACUCGCAAGGCGGCGACCAAAAGUGCCAGUUUCCUCGACCUGUUGAAGCAUCGCUUAGGCAUGGGCAACAUGGAGACGGAAAAGCCAUCCGCAAUUGAGGGUGCUCCUGAGCCCUCUGCGACCGCUGAAGCCUCCACGGCAACCUCAGCUGCUUUGGAGACCCAGGACGGCAGCAUCCAGGGAGGGCGCCGCCUGGGAGACGAGAGAGACACCACAGAGGCAACCAGCGAAAGGGAAACGUCAAGCUUCAGCGAUGCAGCCCGUGCACAUGCAGAGCUCAAGCGAAAGCUUCCAAGGCAGAAGUCAAAGCGCCGCAUCGCCUGGCGAUUGAAAACGAAGGAGGAAUACGAGCGCGACGAGCAUAAGAAAGAGCCGAUUCCAAAGAAGUACUUCAACUUCUGCUCGCUUGAAGAGAUGGUGAACAUGGUGCCCUUCCGCAGCAAUUUGGCCCGCCGCACCUUGAAGGAGGAGCAAGAUCGGCGGCUGUCAUUCCUCCAGUUUCUCACAGGCCUUCUGCAGCUGAACCCUGACAAUCGCUGGACACCGAUGCAGGCUUCUGGACAUCCCUUCAUCAUGGGCUUUCACUACGACGCCGAAUGGCGACCAGCUCCGGACCAUCCUGUGCCCUCCUUUAAGCAGGCGGUGCCACCCAGUCGGCUGGAGGCCCCGGCGUCAGGAGUGGUUCCUCUGCUGCCAUCUGCGAAGCUGAGACCUGUUCCAGGAACUGGUGAGGAGGGCACCGGAGGUGGCUCAGCACGCGCCUGGGACGAGAAGAAGAUGGGCCCAGGCCUGGAAGGGGAACACACUCGGAGCGCUCCUGCGACCACACGGGACAGUGGCCAAAGCAAGAGCGCCGAACUGACAGGAGCCGGCUCGUCGGCGUGGCAAGAUGACAUGAGUCCAUGCCCCUCGAAACCAUCUGACGAGAAGGUUCCACAGGCAGCUUUGCGUGGACUCUGGGGCCAUCUCUGCAUGGGUAUCCCGCUGCCAGAUGACAAUCCGGCGGAGAGCUAUCGUCCACCAAUCGACAAGAUGUCCGAGCGAUUCUUCAGCUCCUUCAUGGAGGCGGAAGAGCGCAAGCGGCGCAGCUCAACGGAGACCAGUGAGGCCGCAGAGUUUGGUGGGGCGAGCCCGCCCAAGGCAAGUGCCGGAGCUUCCUUCUGUUCUUCAGCCUCUUCUACAGGCUCCACCCCAACCGGCCGGCACGCAGCGCAGCGCACUGUGGCAUCGCCCCUGCUGAAGAACCUCCCCAGCGAUCUGCGUCUUUCUGGGGCGCAGCGGCCGAACUUGGGAGGAACAGCUCCAACGACUUCGCCGCACGGAUCCUUGGCCUCGACAGCACCUGGGCCAAGCCACGGCUCAGGGCGACCGGCUUCCGGCCCACUGCGAGGUGGCAGUGGUGCGAGUGUUGGGCUCGGGCCUGGUCGUGGAGGAAGCCGGGGUUCCUCGCCCUGGCACUUGCCUUCCCCGAUGUCGGAGCUCUCCACGGCUUCAGAGCGCCUCAACUCUUCACAGCCUUCGGGGAGCGACUCGUGUGGGGAGCCAGGGUCCGACGGGGCUUUUGCUUUCGAGGAUCAGCGCCACUCCGAGUCGGAGGGCUCACCUUUUCCCGGGCCAUACGGUGCGGGACCGCAGGUUGAGGCGAAAGACAUUCAGACGAUGAGCGCGAUGUGGGAGAACAUCAAGCACGAGAUGAGCCGGGUGGAGCUGGGAAGGGAUCGUCUGCCACGGCGACUGGAUAUCCAGAGCCCCGGAACCACAGGAACGCUCCCCUUUCGUGAAGCGAUCGGCAUGAAUGACAAUGGGCCCGUCAUCCCGCGACGGGAUCCGCACAGCAUGAGAACACCGUCCUCCUCGUCGCAGACCAACCCCAACGAAGAGCCUACUUCCUCUGGUCCCAGCGGCGGCUCGACCUCCGCUGGUUCGAACUCUGGCCUCAGUGUUCUCAAUGCGAUGUCGCGAUCCGUCGACUUUACGCAUGGACCCGCCAGCUCAACACGACGGAAGGGAAAGCGUCCCUAG